AUGACUAUUGCGGAGGAGCUUGCUACAAGGAAUUUCAGUAUCUACGGUCAAUGGACUGGUGUAAUCUGUAUAUUCCUAUGCUUUGCAUUGGGGAUAUCGAAUCUGUUCCAUGUUAAUAUCAUGAUUUUAUUCGGAGCUCUAUGUUUAACAAGCUCUUUCCUAAUAAUAUUUAUCGAGAUCCCCCUACUCUUACGGAUCUGUCCAACCUCCUCCAAGUUCGAUACUUUUAUGCGUCGAUUCUCAACGAACUAUAUGCGAGCAGGAAUUUAUCUCGCUAUGGGUACAGCUCAAUGGCUAAGCCUUAUCGGACAACCAUCAAGCUUAAUCGCUGCAGCUAUAAUGCUCACUCUUGCUGGAACUUUCUACGCUCUUGCCGGAGUAAAGGGGCAGGGGUUUGUCGGAAGCAAAACAUUAGGUGGUGAAGGAGUUGCACAGAUGAUUAUCUAG